AUGUUGGAAGAUCCUGUUGUUUAUGAUGCAAGUAUAUCAGCAUUCAACAAUUCCAAAGCUAAUAAAUCAAAUCAAUCAGAUGAAAAUGGUGAUGUAUAUUUAAAAUUAAAGAAAUUAGAAAAGGAAUUAGAAUUAUUAUUAUUACAAGAAGAUUAUAUUAAAGAUGAACAACGUCAUUUAAAACGUGAAUUAGUAAGGGCUCAAGAAGAAGUUAAAAGAAUUAAAUCAGUUCCAUUAGUGAUUGGACAAUUCUUAGAACCUAUUGAUGAAAAUACUGGGAUUGUUUCAUCCACUACUGGUUCAAAUUAUGUGGUUAGAAUAUUAUCCACUUUAGAUCGAGAAUUAUUAAAACCUUCUUCAUCUGUUGCAUUACAUCGUCAUUCCAAUGCUUUAGUGGAUAUAUUACCACCUGAAGCUGAUUCAUCUAUUUCCAUCGUUGGUGAUGAUCAAAAACCCGAUGUGACAUAUGCUGAUGUCGGUGGUUUAGAUAUGCAAAAACAAGAAAUAAGAGAAGCUGUUGAAUUACCAUUAACUCAAGGUGAUUUAUAUUCUCAAAUUGGUAUUGAUCCACCAAGAGGGGUUUUAUUAUAUGGUCCACCAGGUACCGGAAAGACUAUGUUAGUUAAAGCUGUAGCCAAUUCCACUACUGCUUCAUUUAUAAGAAUAAAUGGUUCAGAAUUUGUUCAAAAAUAUUUAGGUGAAGGUCCAAGAAUGGUUAGAGAUGUUUUCAGAUUAGCUAGAGAAAAUAGUCCUGCUAUUAUUUUUAUAGAUGAAAUUGAUGCUAUUGCAACUAAAAGAUUUGAUGCUCAAACUGGGGCUGAUAGAGAAGUUCAAAGAAUUUUAUUAGAAUUAUUAAAUCAAAUGGAUGGGUUUGAUCAAAAUUCAACUGUUAAAGUUAUAAUGGCUACUAAUAGAGCUGAUACUUUAGAUCCAGCUUUAUUAAGACCAGGUAGAUUGGAUAGAAAAAUUGAAUUUCCAAAUUUGAAAGAUAGAAGAGAAAGAAGAUUAAUCUUUUCCACUAUUGCAUCUAAAAUGUCUUUAGCUCCAGAAGCUGAUUUAGAUUCUUUAAUCCUUAGAAAUGAUCCAUUAUCAGGAGCUGUCAUCGCCGCCAUUAUGCAAGAAGCUGGGUUAAGAGCAGUUAGAAAAAAUAGAUAUAUGAUUUUACAAAGUGAUUUGGAAGAAGCUUAUACUUCUCAAGUUAAGACUGGUACUGAACAUGAUAAAUUCGAUUUCUAUAAGUGA